GUCGCGCGAUCGCGUCGCGAGUCGACCCGACCCGCGCGCACACCGGGACGCGUCGCGACGAUGGCGCCGCACGCGAAUUUGCGCCUGCUCGGCAUGGGGAACCCGCUGCUGGACAUCUCCGUCGCGUGCGAGGACGACGCGCUGCUGAAAAAGUACGACUUGAAGCUGAAUGACGCGAUCUUGGCGGAGGCGAAGCACGCGCCGCUGUACGAGGAGAUGGCGACGCACGGAGACGUGGAGUACAUCGCGGGAGGCGCGACGCAAAAUACCAUCCGCGUCGCGCAGUGGAUGAUGCAGCGAGAGGGCGCGACGGCGUACAUGGGGUGCGUGGGAGAGGAUAAGUUUGCGACGCAGAUGCGGGCGUCGUGCGAGAACGACGGGGUGCUCGCGAAUUACAUGGUGGACGCGUCCACGCCGACGGGGACGUGCGCGGUGAUCGUGAAGGAUGGCGAGCGAUCGCUGUGCGCGGCGCUGAACGCGGCGAAUAAUUACAAGGCGGAACACUUGGACGCGAGCGAAAAUUUCGCCCUCGUGGAACGCGCCGAUUUUUAUUACAUGGCUGGUUUCUUCAUGACGGUGAGCCCGGAGAGCAUCAUGCGCGUCGCCAAGCACGCGUGCGAGAAUAAGAAGACGUUCAUGAUGAACCUCAGCGCGCCGUUCUUGAUGCAAGUGCCGCCGUUCCUGGCGACGCUCAUGGAGGCGCUCCCGUACGUGAACAUCUUGUUCGGUAACGAAUCCGAAGCCGUCACGUUUGCCGAAUCUCAAUCCUGGGACACCAAGGACAUCAAGGAAAUCGCUCUCAAGAUUUCCGCCAUGCCCGUGGCGGAAGGCAAGCCGUCUCGCACGGUUGUCAUCACGCAAGGUUGCGACCCGACCGUCGUCGCGCGCGACGGCGCCGUCGAAGAGUACGCCGUCAUCCCGCUCGCCAAGGAAGACUUGGUGGAUACCAACGGCGCGGGUGAUGCUUUUGUCGGUGGCUACAUCUCGCAACUCGUGCAAGGCGCGGACGUCGCCAAGUGCUGCGCCGCGGGUAACUACGCCGCGAACAAGAUCAUCCAAGAGUCUGGCUGCAAGUGCCCCGGAGUGCCGUCUUUCACCGCGUAAUCCGCCUCGACGAGAUUUGAUUAGACAGU